CCCAUAUUUGUCAUUGUGCGCUCUCGAACAGUUCCUGAACUCAAACCGUCACCAUGUCGCUUCAUGAGCCUGGUUCGAAGGGAGCCCCCGUCCAGAUCACAGAAGAUGAGGCGGCGGUAUACGACCGGCAGAUUCGCCUGUGGGGCCUCGAGGCGCAGCAAAGGAUGCGGAAUGCCACGAUCCUCGUGGUCAAACUGAGAGGCGUGGCCACCGAGACGAUCAAGAACAUCGUUUUAGCGGGUAUUGGCAGGCUUGUCAUCGUUGACAGCGAGAAUGUCACGCAAGAAGACCUGGGCGCCGGUUUUUUUUUUCGGGAUGAAGAUGUCGGCAAGAAAAGGGUUGACGUGGCCAAAGCAAGAAUACAGGGCCUGAAUCCACUUGUGACCAUCGACAUGAUAUCGACCGCCUCGGUGUUAGAGCGAGACGGGCUGAACGAACUGAUACAAGGCGUGGACCUAGUCUGUAUGACCGAUUGGAACAAAGACGAUAUUGUCCGCAUCAAUGAGGCUUGUCGGCGGUUGCACAAGCCGCUUUACUUCGGAGGCACCUAUGGCUUAUUGGGCUAUAUCUUCUGUGACCUGCUUGAUCAUGAAUACAUUGUUCCAGAUCGCUCGGGCUCUAUCAAAGACUCCGCCAAAAAUAUGCUGGCCUCGUUGAGCUAUAGUCCACUGAAGGACGCUCUAAAAUACCGAUGGUCAGGCCUCACGCGACGUCAGACGAAAGAAGUCAAUCCGGCCAUCCCGUUUACUAUCCUCGCGAUUUGGGAGUUUCAGUCAUUGCACGGAGGCAGUCUUCCAGGCGGCCCUUCUGAUGUCGAUGAGCUGGAGACGAUAGCCAACAAAUUGCUUGCGGAAGCAGAAGUCAACAGACAGAUCAUCGCCCAAGUUCCUCGGGAUUUGAUGGAGACCGUCGCACCCACUGCUGCACACGAGUUUGCGCCAGUCUGUGCGGUGGUAGGCGGGAUGCUCGCUCAAGAUAUCUUGAAGGCCCUAGGCGCUCGAGAAGCACCGAUAGCCAACUUUUUCACAUUCGAUGGACACACAGGUGGUGGCACAGUCGUCCGAAUGAACAUGCCCUGA